AUGUUUACGUUAGCCUUAGUAGUUAUUGUGAUCUUCGGUCUUUAUUUAUUUGGGACGAGAAACCACAAGUACUGGGAAAAUCGAGGGGUGAAACAUGAUAAGCCCGUACCGUUUUUCGGCAACAACUUUAGAAAUUACUUUAUGCAAAUAAGUACGUCCCAAAUGACAGAAGAAAUGUACUGGAAGUAUCCAACGGAGAAAGUGGUGGGUUUCUAUCGAGCUUCUCGGCCCGAACUUGUAAUCAGAGACCCAGAAGUUGCCAAACAAAUCUUGAUAACUGAUUUUGCCCACUUUUAUCUGCGAGGACUGAACCAGGACCGAGACAAUAUAGAGCCUCUGCUAAGAAAUUUGUUCUUUGCAGACGGGGACCUCUGGAAGUUACUGCGUCAACGCAUAACGCCUGCGUUCACCAGUGGGAAACUAAAAGCGAUGUUCCCGCUAAUCGUGGAGCGCGCCGAGAGGCUGCAGGCGCGCGCUCUCAGCGCCGCAGCCGCCAACAAGGAGAUUGACGCGCGCGACCUCAUGGCUCGCUACACCAUUGACUUCAUCGGGGCCUGCGGAUUCGGGCUUGAUUCUGAUUCGCUUCUGGAGGACGACUCGGCCUUUAGAAAACUGGGAGUUAAUAUAUUCAGUGUGGGAAUUAGAAUCAUUACUAUAAUUGUACUACGAGAAAUUUUCCCUAAAACAUUUUCGAGCCUAAAAUUUUUCUCUCACGUCGAAAAAGACGUUUAUCAUUUAGUCAACGAAGUCUUACGACAAAGAAAUUACGAACCGUCGGGAAGAAACGAUUUUAUAGAUUUGUUACUCGAAUGUCAAAAAAAGGGAAAGAUGAUUGGAGAAUCCAUCGAAAAACUCAAGUCGGAUGGAAAACCAGAGACCGCUACUUUGGAAAUGGAUGAAGAUCUGCUUGUCGCUCAAGUAUUUGUAUUCUUCGCCGCUGGUUUCGAAACAUCUUCCUCUGCAACGAGCAUGACCCUGCACGAACUAGCAUAUAACCCCGACGUACAAGCAAAGGUACAAGAAGAUAUAGAUAGAGUCCUAGCUAAGUAUGAUAACAAAUUAAGUUACGACGCCGUGAAAGAAAUGCAUUACUUAGAGUGGACGUUCAAAGAGGGCAUGAGAGUGUUCCCGUCGCUGGGUUAUUUGAUCAGAGAGUGCUCGCGCAAAUACACUUUCAAGGAUAUGGAUCUAACCAUCGACGAGGGCGUGAGAGUGAUGAUACCUCUUCAGGCGUUGCACCAAGAUCCUAAGUAUUUCGAUAAUCCGAGUGAGUUCCGCCCCGAAAGAUUCGAUCCGAACAAUUUUGAUACUGACAAUAAGUACGUGUAUAUGCCGUUCGGUAUUGGACCUCGAGCGUGCAUUGGCGAGCGGCUCGGGCUGAUGCAGUCGCUGGCGGGGCUGGCGGCCGUGCUGUCGCGCUUCAGCGUGCGGCCCGCGCCCCACUCCGCGCGCCGCCCGCCCGUGGACCCCGCCGCCGGCAUCGUGCAGACCGUGCGCGGCGGCCUACCGCUGCUGUUCCAGGAGAGGCGGCCGGCGGCGCACUGA